AUGGCAGUAUUAAGCACACUCAAAACAGCAUUUGGCUAUACCUACGCAUUUAUUAUCACACCAUGGCUUCUUUCGCGCUUUUUAUUCGACAUUUCCCUCUGUCUCGUCCCAUGGCUCCGACCAAACAGAAAAUGGACGCUGAACCAAGCUGUCCGUGUCCGCGUUGUCCGGCUCUUGCUGCUCUACUGGUCUCUCACCAAAUCAGGCGACAAAAUGAGAUUUGACCAAGGCAAAGAGAAGAACCGAUUCGAAGUCGUCGCUCCACGGUCGCCAAAGUUGUACAGAGGAAUUUGUUCGGAUUACACGGCUCAGCCUGCGCAAUUGGGCAUGACAUGGACACCCGCGCGACCACCCCCCGCUGGCAUCGUCCAUCCUGGCAUGGUGGUCGUCUUGCACUUUCAUGGAGGCGGUUUUGUAAUUGGAAAUGGUCGUGAUGAAGAUACUGGGUUCACGGCCAAGACUCUCAUUAAGCAUAUGGGUGCUACGCAUGUCUGCUCGCCCAACUACCGACUGUCCAGCAGCAAGAAUGGGCAGUUUCCCGCUCCUCUUCAGGAUGCACUUACAGCCUAUCUUCAUCUCAUCAAGACAAGAGGCAUUCCUGCGGACCAAAUCAUCUUCUCAGGCGAUUCAGCUGGCGCAAAUCUAGCUCUCGCCUUGGUACGCUACAUUCACGAGUACGGCCAAAUUGACGAGGUCCCAUUUCCCCGCGCAAUGGCUCUUUGGUCGCCUUGGACUGAUGUCGCCGGCGCUUUGGAGCAAGAUGCAACUCAAUCACCCAACUACAAGACGGAUUAUCUCAACAUGCACUUUGCGCGCUGGGGCGCAACGACAGUCUCUGGCUUUGGCGCAAUUGACCCAGCCAGUCCAUACUUGUCCCCUCUGCGCCAUCCCUUCCAGAUCGAGAAGCCUUUCCCAGUCUACGUCAACGCCGGAGGCGGCGAAGUUCUAUGCGACGACAUCACCAACUUCGUCGCACGCUACAAGAAGAAUGGCUGGCCAAUGUACCUGGACAUCUCGGAAGGUUGCCCUCAUGACAUUAUUCUGCUGGGCGACAGGAUUGACUUCACAGCCGAGGCAGAAAAGGCAGCUGAGCAUGCGAGGCGUUUCUUGAACCAUCUCUUGUCUCGUCCGUCGCGUGAUUCUCUUGGUAGUUUGGCGUCUCCCCCCAUGAAGACGAUCACUGGGGGCGUGCCGAGGCUACCCCACAAUCUUCAGAACCCUCAACGCGAAAUUUCUACAUCACUCAUCAACAUGGCACCAAAAGCAGAAGAACCCAAUACCUUUGAUGUUAUCAUCAUCGGCGCUGGGAUCUCUGGCAUCAACGCCGCCUACCGUCUCCAAACAGAAGGCCCUUCCGACUUGACCUACGCCAUCCUCGAAGGCCGCGACUCCAUCGGCGGCACAUGGGAUCUCUUCAAGUAUCCUGGCAUUCGAUCCGACUCUGAUAUCUUCACCUUUGGCUUCCCAUGGAGUCCCUGGAAGCAUGACCAGUCGCUCGCACCUGGUGACAAGAUCAAGGACUACAUGAUCGAGUCGGCACGAUCGACUGGCAUUGACCACCAUAUUUGCUACAAGCACUCUGUUACAGAAGCCAACUGGUCUUCCAAGGAGAGGCGAUGGCAGCUUCAGGUUACGCGACCUGGUGAUGAGAAGCCAGUUACCUUCCGGGGUCGAUUUCUACUCCUCGGCACUGGCUAUUAUGAUUACCAGACCCCUCUGCAGACUGUGAUUCCUGGAAUUGAGAAGUUCCAAGGCCAGGUCAUCCACCCUCAAUUCUGGCCCGAGGACUACGAUUACACCAACAAGGAGGUCGUCAUCAUUGGCAGUGGAGCUACCGCCGUUACAAUUCUUCCAUCCAUGUCCGACAAAGCCAAGCGCGUUACCAUGCUGCAGAGAAGCCCAGGCUACAUCUUCCCUCUCCCAUCAAGCAGCUUUUUCACACGUCUUCUCUUGACUCUUUUCCCCGCCAGCAUCGCCCUGUUCCUCAACAGACUCCUCUGGCUGGUUCGAAGCUAUCUUACCAACGUGUUCUGCAAGUCUUGCCCAGGUCUGGCCAAGAAGCUCAUCAAGUAUGUCACCAUCAAGAAUCUUCCUCCUGAUGUCAGCUGGGAUCCUCACUUCAAGCCUCGAUAUAAUCCCUGGGAGCAACGAUUCUGCGCCAGCCAGGAUGGUGAUUUUUUCGCGGCUAUUCGCUCGGGUAAAGCGAAUGUUGUGACGGAUAAGAUCAAGACUAUCACUGAGAAGAGCAUUGAGCUUGAGUCUGGAGCUUCAUUACAUCCCGAUCUUAUCGUCACAGCAACUGGUCUGAAGGUUCGUUUCGGUGGAGGUAUCAAGUUCAGCAUUGACGACGUCCCCUUCAACGUCGCCGACAAGUUCGCAUGGAAGACCGUGAUGCUCCAGGAUGUGCCAAACCUGCUUUUCAUGUUCGGAUAUGAGAAUGCGUCGUGGACACUUGGUGCUGAUGUCAGCGCGAGACUGUUUGUGCGCAUUCUGAACAAGAUGACACAGAGCAAGACUAGCGUCGUGGUUCCACGUCUGUCUUCAGCAAGUGGUAUGCCAGUGAAGCCAAUGAUGAGCCUGUCUUCGACCUAUCUCAAGACUGCUAGCUCUGUGUUCCCCAAAGGCGGCACGGGUUUGUGGAGUCCCAAGUCGAAUUACUUUGCGGAUAUGGCUGGAGCGAGAUGGGGAGAUAUCUCUACGGGGUUGGAGUAUAAGUGA